GGAGGCCAGGAGCGGUACCCUCCAUUGCUACCCGGUGACUACCCGGUCCAGACCUUGCUCCUCCCCAAAACAUCUUCCCAGUGACCCUGCCUCCGCCUCUCUGCAUGCGUCUCACCUAUGGGCUGACCCUGGAACAGAAAAGUUUGGCCAGAAGGCGGUGGCAGCGGCUUCUCCUCUGAGAGAGAGUCUUCCAACGACCGCGAGGGCGCCCUAGCGACCUCCACGUCGCUACCCUGGCCCCCCGAGCCGCAUGUCAGAUUCCGGAGAGCAUCCUCCAACUCAGAGAGUUCCUCAUCCCGGAGCCGGUCAGGCUAGGGAGGGGAGUAGAGGUCGUUGGUGGGUGUCUUAGCCGCGGACCCGGACCCACCCCAACCAGGGCCCAGCCCAGCCGCACCUUCUGGGCAAAGAUGAAACUCAAACAGCGCUCCUCAUCCGUCAGCAAGGUGUCCAGCCGCUCCACGCCAGCGCGCAGCUCCAGUUGCAAAGGCACCGAAUGUUGGGCCCCGAGUGCGGCUGCCAAGCGCCCUUGCAGCGCGGCGCGCAGCGCCCCCUCGCGGUAAGCGUGCAGGAAGCGGCUGCAGGGCUGGCGGCCGCAGAAACGCAACUGCACAAUCAGCUGCGGAUCGCUGCGGUGGAUCUUGAGCAUCUGCAGCACAUCCGGGCUCCCAACACUCUCUGCGGAGGUGGACAGUCAGGCGACAGGCAGUCCCCAUGCAGGGCCGUUCACCAAGCGGCCGUAGUGGGGUGAAGCCCGCGCAGAAUCCCUCCCUGUCCCUAUCUCCCAGCUGGGAAACAAAAUUGGAAUGCACACAGCAACAACCCAAAACGAAAGCCCGAACCUAUCACAGGGAGCACCGUAAGAUAGAAUGGGUGCCACCCCACCCCCACCCUUGAAGCCUCAAAUGAAGAUGGGCAAAAGGAACAUUGGGAAAGGCUUUGCAGUACGGAGAGGGGUGUGUGCCCAGGGCGCCAAGCCUUCUGAGUGGGCAGCCGGCGGGGCAGCGGAGAAGGGAGAGGUCUCAGGUCUUCAGGCUCCACCAACUGUGGCUCCCACUGCCCAGGAAGGAGGCGAAUCCCCCAACCGGCUACAGCUUCCUGUGGCCUCUGCCCUGAGAUGGGAAAGGGGAGCUCGAAAGGCAAGAGCAGCUGGAGGCGCCGGGACUCCCACCCAUUGCAAGGUCAUGGCAGAGCCUGGAGAACAACUGCCAGAGGAGGUGCUGGCACUCAUCUUUCGCCACCUGCCCCUGCGGGACCGUGCCACUGCCGCCAAGGUCUGCAGAGCCUGGGCUGCUGCUGCUACCUGCAGCGUUGUGUGGCAUGACACCAUCAUCAGUUGCGACUGUGAGCAAGAAGGUACGCUGCUACCAUAUCUGUCCGCCAGCCUGGACCACGUUCACAACCUACACCUGGAAUUUGAGCCGUCCAGGGAGCCGAGCCGCAGGGCGGCCACUGAGUUGCUGACCGCACUCGCGGGUCGUACCCCAGGGCUUCAAAGCCUGCUCCUGGAGUGCCGCGGAGAAAAGCCCCUCUUCGACGCUGGCCGCGACAUCCUGGACGCCGUGCACACCAUCUGCCGGGCCUCCUGCGCGCUGCGUCACCUCGACCUUCGGCGCUUGCCUUUCACACUGGACGACGCACUGGUGCUGCAGGCGGCACGUGGCUGCCCUGAGCUCCGAAGCCUUUUUCUGGACAACUGUACGCUGGUGGGCAGCGUGAGGCCAGACUCAGUUCUAGAACUAUUAAAGGCCUGCCCGCGCCUGCGCGCCCUUGGCCUGCACCUGGCCAGCCUGUCAGGCACCGCCCUCCAGGUGUUAGCGGCGCGGGACCGCGCGCCUUUCGCGCUUCUGGCCCUACGGUGCGCGUGCCCCGAGGACGCACGCGCGCCCCCCUUGCCCGAGGAAGCCUGGGCCGCAGUGCGCCGCCGCCACCCAGGAUUGGUCGUGGAGCUGGAGCUGGAGCCAGCGCUGCCUGAGGAGAGCGUGACGCGCGUCCUGCAGCCUGCUGUGCCGGUGGCUGCGCUGCGUCUCAGUCUCUCUGGUGACACCGUAGGCCCGCUGCGCUUCGCGGCGCGCCACUACGCCUCAACCUUGCGCGCGCUCGAGGUGCGCGCCGCUGCCUCAGCUGAGCUGGACGCCGCGCUGGAGUUGCUGGCUGCGCGCUGCCCGGGCCUGCGCGAAGUACACUGCUUCUGCGUGGUACGACCCUCCGUGCUGCGCGCCUUCCGUGCGCACUGUCCGCGCCUGCGCAGCUACACGCUCAAACUAACGCGGGAGCCACAUCCCUGGCUGCCCACUCCCGUGGCGUGAUGGGAUAGUCGCCUCCUCAGUA